AAUUUGAUAGUUGGAAGUGGGGAGCAGAGAGAAGGAGGAGCAUGAGGCCGAUUUUGAUGAAGGGCCAUGAGAGGCCAUUAACGUUCCUCAAAUACAACAGGGACGGUGAUCUCCUAUUCUCCUGCGCUAAGGACCACAACCCUACGGUGUGGUUUGCCGACAACGGUGAACGAUUGGGCACUUAUCGAGGCCACAAUGGAGCCGUUUGGUGCUGCGAUAGUGAUGGUUGAUGAUGCAGGAGAUUCGCGUCGACUCAUAACGGGUAGCGCGGAUCAGACAGCCAAGCUAUGGAAUGUGCAAACUGGUCAACAAUUGUACACUUUCAAUUUUGAUUCCCCAGCUAGGUCUGUUGAUUUCGCCGUCGGUGAUAAGCUUGUUGUUAUCACCACUGACCCCUUUAUGGAAUUGCCUUCUGCGAUCCAUGUCAAACGCAUUGCUAAAGAUUCCACCGAUCAGACCGGGGAAUCUCUGCUUGCCAUUAAGGGCCCUCAGGGAAGAAUAAACAGAGCCAUUUGGGGACCCCUCAACAAUACCAUUAUUAGUGCCGGUGAAGAUGCUGUCAUUCGCAUUUGGGAUUCUGAGACUGGAAAACUACUUAAAGAAUCAGACAAGGAAUCUGGCCAUAAAAAGACUGUAACAUCACUGGCCAAAUCUGCAGACGGUUCCCAUUUCCUUACUGGCUCCCUUGAUAAGUCUGCUAGGCUUUGGGAUACUAGAACAUUGACUCUUAUCAAGACAUAUAUCACAGAACGCCCAGUCAAUGCAGUUGCAAUGUCGCCUCUUCUUGAUCAUGUGGUACUUGGAGGUGGUCAGGAUGCAUCAGCUGUUACAACUACUGAUCAUCGCGCUGGCAAGUUUGAAGCCAAAUUUUUUGACAAGAUUCUUCAAGAAGAAAUUGGAGGUGUAAAAGGGCAUUUUGGACCAAUUAAUGCAUUGGCCUUUAACCCUGAUGGAAAAAGUUUUUCAAGUGGAGGUGAAGAUGGUUACGUACGGUUGCAUCACUUUGACCCAGAUUAUUUCAAUAUCAAAAUAUAAUGCGGGUUGAUUUGUGGUUGGUAUUAGGUGUGGUGUUCCUAGAUGUUAGCUUUUAAUUUCUUUCACAUUAUAUUUAUGUAAUGCCGAUGUGAAUACAAAUGCUGUUAUCUUGAUAAUCUGGAAGAAUUUUACGAAUGAAAUUUUCCAUU